AUGGAAGAAAGCGAAUGGGGUGACCCCCGGUUUGCCUCAGACGAUGAAUUCGCGUCUCCAUCGGAUCUAGUGGACGCCCACCCUCGCACGCAGCCAGGAGGAGAUGCCCUGUCCUCCUUUUCCUGUUGCUGCACUUCCUGCGAACCCCGACAAAUCGCGCAAGAGUCUCAGACUCUAGGGGGCCCUCCAGAGGGCCCCCUUAACCAGCCCAGCGCUCUACGGACGUCUCGGACCACUUCGACGAGCUCUCCACUUCCAGCCUUGCACACGAGCAGCAGCAGCACCAGCAAGGAAACAGAGGGUCUUCCAGUUUCCAUUUUGAUGCUACAGUAUCCCCUCUUCUUUUGCGACGUGGAUUUACCCUUUACCCUAGAGCUCAAACGCAGCUGGAGGGAAAUCGGGGGGCUAGCCUCGUGGACGCUUAGCUCCGCUAAAGAAGGAAACGGCGUCCAGGCACUUCGAGACAACAGCAGCAUCAGCUUUUGGCAGUCAGAGGGGCAAGCACCGCACACUGUAACCCUGCAAUUCAACAGGGAGAUGCCUGUCACGCGAGUGGAUCUGCUUGUCAACUUCCACUUGGAUGAAAGUUACACUCCCAAACGCAUACAGAUCAAGAUGGGCUCCUCCCCCGCGACCUUAUCCGUCGUCAGAGACGUGGAAUUCGUCGUGACUGAUGACCAAAACUGCUGGUGGGGCAUCGAGUUGACAGCGGCCCACGCCAUCAAGCUCGUCAACGGCCUCGAGAACCACUCACAGGAAGCCCUCGACUUGGUGCUGCACGGUGUAGAAACAAGCGAAUACCUCCGCGCAGCCUGCCUGCAGAUUGCGGUGCUUACAACCCACCAGCAAGGUCGCGAUACUCACAUUAGACAGGUUCGCAUAUACGGUCCCAUCGAAGGCUAUGAGGACCCCUCCACUAUCAGCGAGCAUGCGCAAACAGCGGCUGAUCGGGUGCGUUCUGGACUGCUUUCCUAUGCAGACGAAGGGGCCUACGGACUGGAUCUUGCGGGGGAAGGAACAGAUACUCCUCACCUCAAUCCCAGAGAAACCGAUAUGCCUGCUCUCAGCAGAGCAUGGAGCCAAGACUUCCUCGCGGCUCUGGCCGGCACCCAGCCAGCUCCUCCUUAA